UGGAGCGAGCCGGCACGGGACGGAUUUUGUUCACUUACUUUACUCACCCAAAAGUAUAAGAAAUAUUUAUUCGUUUUAACAACUUACACCGACCGAAGGUAGCGUCGACGCGGAACUAUAAUGGUAUUCACUUUUCCAGCAUCUUGUCGGAGCUGUGGAGUUUUCUUCUGCCAAACUGGGAUAACACACACUCCCUGAGAGACAGUUCAUCAGACGGUGACAGAGGGAGAAGACUCUGCCAUCAUCAUGUCCACCAGUACUGUCAGUCAACCCUGCAAGCAGGAGAGGAAGGGCAGUUUCUUCAAGCUGAUUGACUCGUUUGCCUGGGAGAUCUGCACAUUGAAGAAAGAGAUGGGGAAAAAGACUGAGCCUGCAGAAGGAGACCUCAAGACAGAUGCACUGCUUGGGCUGGGUGAAGAGGUGGGAGGUCUCUUCCUGCAGGCCCCACCUUGCCCUGGGGUUGGAGUGGGGCUCGCUGGAGCGAGAGACUCGGGCUACGACUCCCUCCAUCGGCGGCUCAGCAUUCUGGACCGACUGGUGCAUACGCAUUCUGUGUGGUUACAGCUGUGCCUCAGCCACCAGGAGGCCACGCUUCUACUGCAGAACCAGCCCGCCGGGACAUUUGUGGUGAGGAAGUCGGCCUCCCUGCAGAGGAAAGUCAUAUCUCUGCGCAUGGACAAAGACUCUGCGGUUCCUGUCAAAGACUUCCCUGUCAAGGAGAGCCAAUACACUUUCUCCUUGGAGGGUUCAGGCCUGAGCUUUGCAGACCUUUUCCGUUUGGUGGCUUUCUGCUGCAUCAGCAGGGAUGUGUUGCCCUUCACUCUGAAGCUUCCGGAGGUUAUCGCUUCAGCCAGGACGUCUGCCGACCUCGAGGAGAUUGCUAAACUUGGAUCAGGGUUCUGGGACUCUCAGCUGUGCCACAGGAAGAAGGGCUCAGUCUCGUUGUCAGGGACAGCAGCUCCCGUCAGACCACCUUCCCCUGUCCAGAGACCAGUCUCCUUGGCAACCACCCCAGGGCGCCCUCGGCUUCAGACUCGCACCCCAUCUGAGCUUGAGUGUUGCCAGUCCAACGGAGCGCUGUGCUUCAUCAACCCCCUCUUCAUCAAGAUCCACCAAUCAGACGGCGAUCGGAGCACCGCUCCCGACCCACCUGACACAGCAAAGCAGGACCCGGGGGAGGAACCCAUUAGCAACAGCCGAGAAACCAACAACGAGGAUACUCAGCACUCUUGUAGCAACAGUCCUCAAGUCUGGAGCCCAGAUCACAGUGACAGAAGCCAGUCAGGUCAAAGCGACCUGCAGAGCCUUAUCAGAAACACAGAGCUACAGGACGAUAACAGUCAAACCAGCAGCAGUCCGAGGCUAAGUGCUGCAGACAGUGUGUCUCGGUCCCCACCCCCUCAUCCGCCCCCGCCGCGCUUUGUGCCACGACGCUCGGCCCCUCCUCUCCGAAAGUGCAGCAUGCCAGAGAAGAUCCCCUGGAUCAGUGUCCCCAAGGAGAAGACGGAGGAGAGAGAGAGGGGCAGCAGCCUCCUUUCUCGUCUGGGCUCCUCGCUAAACAUCAGCCCCUCGUCCUCUCCUCCCAAGAGACUCAGCAUCAGCGCCCCUAUAUCCAUCUCCCGGCCCUCCCUGCCCCUCUCUCUGUCGUCUCUCUCUUCUUCUCCACGUCGAUCCAAGAUCUCACCAUCAUCCAGCCAGGAGGAUGCCCAGUGCCACUUGGCAUUGGAGGACCAGACUAUUGAGAAGGCCCUCAUUAGGGCCAAGCUCUCAAAGUGUAAUUCUACCAGAACCCAGGACUCCAGCAGUCCUCCAGAACAUUCACUGAUGACAACCAGCAAGCAGGCCGAGAUGCAAGGGGGAGAAGAAGAAGCAGGCGAUGAAUGCAGCGGGGGCGGCCAGCGGCUGAGCGACAUGAGCCUUUCCACAGACUCCACAGACUCCCUGGAUUUCUCUCAGUCCUCGGCUUUCUUCCUUCCCCCUCUGCAUGACCCCAGCCCCCCCACUGUGGCCGACUUAAACACCCACCUCCCCCUCUCCAUCCCUCCAUCCCACCUGCCUUACAGCAGCAUGGAGGAAGAUGACGAUGACGAGGACGAAGAGGACGAAGAGGAGACCGACUACGGCGUCAGCCUUGAGAGUGACCAGGACCAAGACCAGGACCUGACCAUGGUGCCACCGGGGCAUCGCACAAACCGCCGCCCCAGUGCCAGCGCUUUGGUUCUGCAAAAGGCCCUGCGAGGGCAACUGCGCAAGAUGAGCGGCGUCUUCAACUCCCUGCUGACGCCUGAGAAGAGGGCGAUCCGCAGGGUUGUGGAGCUGUCCAGGGAUAAAAGCUCCUACUUUGGCUGCCUGGUGCAGGACUAUCUGAGCUACAUGGGCGAGGGUGCAGGCGCCCAGGCUUGGCAGAGCUACGCCUCUGGACUGGAGCUGCUGCAGACUCUCCGCCAGUUUAUUACCCAGAUGAAGAGCUACCUGAGACAGAGCUCCGAGCUGGAGCCACCAAUCGAAAGCCUCAUCCCUGAAGAUCAGAUCGACCGGGUCCUGGAGAAGGCCAUGCACAAGUGCGUCUUGAAGCCUCUUAAACCGGUGGUGAGCACGGCCCUGCAGGAGUUCCAGGUGCGCAGCGGGGCGUGGCAGGAGCUGAAGGAGAACCUGGCGCUGACCAAGGCGCGGCAGCCGCAGGACAUGGGCGUGGCUGACAUGCUGCCCCCGGACCAUGUGGCUAUAGAGAAGAUCAAACAGAAGUUCCACACCAUGUGUAAACUGUACUCCCCAGAGAAGAAGGUCACCAUGCUGCUGAGAGUCUGCAAGCUCAUCUACACCAUCAUGGAAGACAAUUCAGGUCGUCUGUAUGGUGCUGACGACUUCCUGCCCAUGCUGACCUACGUGUUGGCCCAGUGCAACAUGCCCCAGCUGGACAGUGAGAUACUUUACAUGAUGGAGCUGCUGGACCCUUCGCAGCUUCACGGAGAAGGCGGUUACUACCUGACCAGCGCCUACGGAGCCAUGUCCCUGAUCAGGAACUUCCAGGAGGAGCAGGCAGCCAGAGUCCUGAGCUCUGAAACCAGAGACACACUCCACCAGUGGCACCGCCGCCGCACCACCCAGCGCUCUGCACCGUCCAUCGAUGACUUCCAGAACUACCUGCGGGUGGCGCUGCAGGAGCUGGACAGCGGCUGUACAGCCAAGACCCUACAGGUCCGACCCUACGCCACCGUGGAGGAGGUGUGCCAGCUGUGUGCCCAGAAGUUUAAAGUGUCUGACCCUCAGAACUACGGCCUCUUCCUGCUGAUGGAGGGCAGCAGCCAGCAGCUUGCGCCGGACACCCACCCUCAGAAGAUCAAGGCUGAGCUGCACAGCCGCUCGCAGGCCGCCCCCUUCCACUUCGUCUUCCGGCGAGUGGCCGGCGGCGGCACCAUGUCCUCAACUCCUCUCGAUACCACACCCAACCUCAACAACCUCACUGUUACCUCUGACCCCCAGGCCAACCUCAACGACCUCAGCAUGGACCUUUCAGGCUCCUCCCCCCAACCCGGCCUUAGCCUAGGCUUGUGCCCAGCUCUGAGUCUCAGCCUGUCAGCGGGCCGACUAGAAGUUUGAACGGGGUCUUUGUCUCCCAGCUGUGAAAAGUAUCUCUCAUUAUCUCUAACAAACAUGGCUCCAUGAGACUGAAAGGAGCCCGAGUGUUGAAAGGGUUUAACUGUGCAGUGCCAGUCUUUACAAAGCCGGACUUCUCCUUUCAGAUGACACGUCUGUCUCGGUCAACAUCCCCUCGCUGGAAAGUUCUGUGUGACAGACACGAGCGAAAGAGGAAAAGAAGAAAGGAGGGAAGGAAAUGAGAGAGAUAGAGUCUGUUUUUUUUCUUACUUCCUUUGCUUUGGCAUCAGAGCAGCACUUUGUUGCUGAAGGUCUGAACAUAGUUAAGGUGGAGAUGUUGGACUUAAUGUCGAGUGUUAUCAAAGACCGCGUGGACGCUCGGACGCGUCCACAGUGCUGCCUUAAUGCUGGUUCUUGAGGGGCGGAUUCAGGACCAGUUGUUGUUGUUGCUGCACGGAGGGAAAUCAAAUCUCAUGAGACUCAUCUUUGAUUAAUCACUUUAAAUAUAUAACACAUGUAUUUAGGUGAUAUGUAUAACUAUGACUUACUUGUUACAGUUGCUGGUAAACUGUAAUUCGGUUGUGUAUGUUUUGAAACUGUUAAUCCUUCAGACUGUCUGUUGUAAUGGAGUUUGGCGACACCCGGUGGUGCCUGGUGCACAUAGCAAUCUGAUAUUUCCUAAGACUUCCAUCGGAGACGGAGCGUUUACGGCCUCCCAGCUGAGGCGGGAAGCUGGAAAAACACACACCUAACAUUUGUGUUUUUACCCUGCUACAGUAAGAGUCCCCAGUGUUUCUGCCCUGACUCUUUGUACAGCUACACACUGCUACACACAGCUCCCUCAGGACACGCUAAAGCCUGGAAACACACUUUGAUGUGUAGAUCUCGAAGGAUCUCUCUGAAGCAGACAGAUGUACAUGUUAGCUGUAAGAAUGGAAGAGACAGUGUGUGAACUACAGUAGGUUAUUUAUGAUAAUCUUAAGGAUUAACAUUUUAAGAGUUUGUAAAAUAUUGUUCUUGCAUGUAGUUUGUGUUAAAGGGUCGUGUUAGAAACAGGCAGGUCUGCUAGCGUUGUUUUUUUUUUUUUAAGUAAUACUGGUAUAUGUAUUUACUGCGGUGAGACAUAAAGAGGUUGCGUGGACCUCUUAGCUGGUCUGAGGUCAGUCCCGGUGAAACAUGUUGAAUGGCUCUUUGAGGAUGAAAUGUGGAAAGACAGACAGAUUUUUGGUAGAACACAGUGACUCAGAGAGUUACUGACACUCUGCAGUACGGUGUGUAUCAGCGUUGAGUCUGGUACUGUCAGAAAACAAAUACUUGAAACUUCCUUGUGGAUUUGAGAUGCUUUGGUCAGUAGAGAGGAAACUGGAAAGUGAUGCGGCAGAAGGAAGCCUGAAAGCUGUUGGAGCCAGUUAAGUAUUAAUGUCGUGUAUCAUUGUGUGUAUAGCCUGUGACGUAGCUCACCGUGUUUAUAUCUGGGGGCCAAGUGUUCAAAGUUUGAAUUGACUCAUCUCACUUUGUUUGAAUUUACUCUGUGUGUAUCUGUGCGGGGAUUUUUCACAGAUGGCCUUUCUGUGCCUAUAAUAUUCUCUAUGGUGUCAAAAUGUCAUUUUCAUCCAGGAAACAUCUUCCUGCUUAUUAUGUGUCAUUGAACGGUAUCAUAAAUAUUCUUUUGUACUUAAUAAAUCUCAGAAACAUG